CGCUUCCUCUCCAGCUCUGUGUGUGUAUAGGGCUGCUGCGGCAGAAAAGAACAGCGGCCAGAACAGCAGCCGUCAAUUUGAAAAUGAGCUAGGCUGAAUUAGCUAAGCUAGCUAGUUAAGCUAAGUCUUCUCAUUGACCUACCGUUUUUAUCAUUCAUCUCAUCGAUCUAGGCUAUGACAGCAAAUAAAGUAUGCAGCAUUUCAGACCCCGCGGUGUCGGAGAGAGAUAUGGACACUGGUCUCUCCUGUUUCGUCUUGGAAAUACUCCCGGUGUCCAGCUAAAGAGCUAGGUUAGCUAACCCAGCUGGCUAGCUGUCACCGAUUGCUCGCUUUAGCUCAGUUUUGCUUUCAGUUGGGUGGCUUUAUUUGCUUCUAGCUACCACCCAGAUAACGCUAAGCUAGGAUUUAGACUGAUUUGGGUUUAAACUGCCUACGGAGAAACCAGUCAACCGAAAUGGGAAUCAUUUUCACCAAGUUAUGGAGGCUUUUUAACCACCAAGAGCAUAAAGUCAUCAUUGUUGGGCUGGACAAUGCGGGAAAAACAACAAUACUUUAUCAAUUCUCUAUGAAUGAAGUGGUACACACCUCACCCACAAUAGGCAGCAAUGUGGAGGAGAUUGUGGUGAACAACACUCAUUUUCUUAUGUGGGACAUCGGAGGUCAAGAGUCUUUGCGCUCCUCCUGGAACACCUACUACACUAACACAGAGUUUGUAAUAGUUGUGGUGGACAGCACAGACAGGGAGAGGAUCUCUGUGACUAGAGAAGAACUCUACAGAAUGCUAGCUCAUGAAGACCUUAAAAAGGCUGGUUUGUUGGUUUUUGCCAACAAACAAGAUGUGAAGGGUUGUAUGACAGUGGCUGAAAUCUCACAGAACCUUCAACUCACUUCCAUUAAGGACCACCAAUGGCACAUCCAGGCCUGUUGUGCACUUACAGGGGAAGGGCUCUGCCAGGGACUAGAAUGGAUGAUGUCACGGUUGCGGGUGAGAUGACCUCUGACCUAGGCGAGCAGCGGACACACUUUCUCCUGUCGCUCACUGUGACGGUGACUCAGCGAUGUCACCAGGGCUCGUGUGAUUAAUUUAUUACAGCUCUCUGAGAACUGUGAACAAAUAACUUUCAACUAACUUUUCAAGUGUGUCAGGAUGUGCAAAACCACGUGGACUCCAAAUCAGUGUUUUCCUGCACGCUGGCCCUAUAGAGGAGCGCUCAGACUGUAGCGGAGUGGGGCUCUGCCUGGAGUGGCCUUUGCAGUAUCGUUUGACUGCCUGACGUAGUAUUGCCCUGUGUGUACAGUCCAGUAUUUACAUUAACCCUGUGCCUGCGUCUGAACCUCUCAGUACCCAGGGCAUAAAACAGACAAAUGCAUCAUGCAAGGAGAGGCUCUACACUUUAUGUAAAAAAAAAUAAAUAAAGUGUUUUUAUCCAUCA